AUGGCAUCGCGAUUACCGCCCCAAGACCGUCAAGUUCGAGUAUGGCUCGUGGCAGGUCAGUUCGUGAGGAGACCUGGUGCACGCGCUGUCGUAAUGUAUAUACACGUUGACCGCGGCCUCGCCGUACUCCAGGGCGUCCCAUGCGAUCGACGGUCGUCCGGACCCCGCUUGUCGCCGAGGUCCAUGGCGCGUGCUUCCUCCCGCCACGCAACGCACGGGCAGCAUCGUCGAUUCCCGAUCGAGUUGAAAUACUUGAAGUCGGACGGCAAAUUGCACUUGGCCAUCGAUACAGUUCGUAUUUGGAGACUCGUCUGGAUAGAAAUCCCCAAGUUCAAUUUGGUGCGGUGUGGCCCCGACCCCUUCGCUCGGAUACGUCCCACGCGGCUUCGUGUGCUGGGCGUGGGGGUGGCUUCCCCCGAUGCCCACGGCUGCCAAAGGGCGAUGGCACGGCUGUCCCCCUCGGCCACCAUCGGUGUGUGGCGGCAAGCAAACUACCCAACGUCAUGUUGCUGCCCAGCUUGGCCGCCCCACCUGCUACGUAUCAAUCCACAGAGGCGUCAAACUUCGAGCCCGCACCUUCGACCGGACCAGCUUGGGACCAGAUCAUCCUCUCUUGCCGCAAACACUUGA